AGUAUGGAAAGUACCAAGGAGCAGGAUCUGCAAACGCUGGGGAGCGGAGCCUGGGACAAUCCUGCCUACAGCAGCCCCCCUUCCCCAAAUGGGACCCUGAGGAUCUGCACUGUCUCCAGUGCGGCAAUCCCCCAGCCUCAACCCAAGAAGCCUGAAGACGGACACCAGGAGACACAGGGAACCCUGGGAUCCAGCUGCUGCUCCCAUGUCUGUCACAGCAUCAGAGGGCUCUGGGGAACAACCCUGACUGAGAACACCGCUGAGAACAGAGAACUCUACGUCAAGACCACCCUGAGGGAGCUUGUGGUGUACGUCGUGUUCCUCGUGGAUGUCUGUCUGUUGACCUACGGAAUGACAAGCUCUAGUGCCUAUUACUACACCAAAGUGAUGUCUGAGCUGUUCCUCCACACCCCGUCAGACUCUGGAGUCUGCUUCCAGACCAUCAGCAGCAUGGCGGACUUCUGGGAUUUUGCUCAGGGUCCACUCCUGGACAGUUUGUACUGGACGAAGUGGUACAACAACCAGAGCCUGGGUCGCGGCUCCCACUCCUUCAUCUACUAUGAGAACCUGCUGCUGGGGGUCCCGAGGCUGCGGCAGCUGCGGGUGCGCAACGACUCCUGUGUGGUGCAUGAGGACUUCCGGGAGGACAUUUUGAGCUGCUAUGACGUCUACUCCCCAGAUAAAGAAGAUCAACUCCCUUUCGGGCCUCUGAACGGCACAGCGUGGACGUACCACUCACAGAGUGAGCUGGGGGGCUCCUCCCACUGGGGUAGGCUCACCAGCUACGGUGGAGGUGGCUACUACUUGGACCUUCCGGGACCCCGGCAAGCCAGUGCCGCGGCCCUCCAAGGCCUCCAGGAGGGGCUGUGGCUGGACAGGGGCACUCGGGUGGUCUUUAUCGACUUCUCGGUCUACAACGCCAACAUCAAUCUUUUCUGUAUUCUGAGGCUGGUGGUGGAGUUCCCAGCCACAGGAGGGACCAUUCCGUCCUGGCAAAUCCGCACAGUUAAGCUGAUCCGCUACGUGAGUAACUGGGACUUCUUCAUUGUGGGCUGUGAGGUCGUCUUCUGCGUCUUCAUCUUCUACUAUGUGGUGGAGGAAAUCCUGGAGAUCCACAGGCACCGGCUUCACUACCUCAGCAGCAUCUGGAACGUUCUGGACCUGGUGGUCAUCUUGCUCUCCGUGGUGGCUGUGGGUUUCCACAUAUUCCGUACUCUAGAAGUAAACCGGCUGAUGGGAAGGCUCCUGCAGCAGCCAGACACGUACGCAGACUUUGAGUUCCUGGCCUUCUGGCAGACACAGUACAACAACAUGAAUGCUGUCAACCUUUUCUUUGCCUGGAUCAAGAUAUUCAAGUACAUCAGCUUCAACAAAACCAUGACCCAGCUCUCCUCCACACUGGCUCGCUGUGCCAAGGACAUCCUGGGCUUCGCCAUCAUGUUCUUCAUUGUCUUCUUUGCCUAUGCCCAGCUUGGCUACCUGCUUUUUGGGACCCAAGUGGAAAACUUUAGCACGUUCGUCAAGUGCAUUUUCACUCAGUUCCGGAUAAUCCUUGGAGAUUUUGACUACAACGCUAUCGACAACGCCAACCGAAUCCUGGGCCCUGUGUACUUCGUCACCUAUGUCUUCUUCGUCUUCUUCGUGCUCCUGAACAUGUUCCUGGCCAUCAUCAAUGACACAUACUCAGAGGUCAAGGAGGAGUUGGCCGGCCAGAAGGACGAGUUGCAGCUCUCUGACCUCCUGAAACAGAGCUACAACAAGACCCUACAAAGGCUGCGCCUGAGGAAGGAACGGGUUUCAGACGUGCAGAAGGUCCUGAAGGGUGGGGAGCCAGAGAUCCAGUUUGAAGAUUUCACCAACACCUUGAGGGAACUGGGGCACGAGGAGCAUGAGGUCUGUGAGCUCACAGCUGCCUUCACCAGGUUUGAUCGGGAUGGGAAUCACAUUCUGGAUGAGAAGGAGCAGGAACAGAUGCGACGAGGUCUGGAAAAGGAGAGGGUGACCCUCAGUGCUGAGAUUGAGAACCUAGGCCAGUCCACUGGAUACAGCCCACAAGGUGAAGUGGGCACAGAGGCAGCCAGCAGAGGAGGCUGGGCUUCUGGAGAAGAAUUCUACAGGCUCACAAGGAGAGUGCUGCAGCUGGAGAGUAUCCUGGAAGGGGUCGUGUCCCAGGUUGAUGCUGUGGGCUCAAAGCUGAAGAUGCUGGAGAGGAAGGGGGAACUGAACCCUACCCCCGAAAUGGAGGUGCCAGCUGUUUGGGAGGACCUGUAUAACCAGUCUUAACGGUCACUCCAGCCCUCUUGAGAGUGCAUGGGGGACAAGAGAAUGGAAAGGUGAUCCGAGAGAACCAGACAGCAAGUUCCUCUCUCUAUGACUUCCCAGAAGCCUCUUCUCCAUAUGCCCCUCCCCCCCUUCUAGAGCACUGUGUCUCAUGAUAGCUGCUGUGGAGUCCCACCCUGUGCCUAGCCUUUUGAGCCAAUGUUUUUGUGUGUAGCUGGGCAGUGUGUGUAGCUGGGCAGCAUGCGUAGGCUUGUCCCUCGGGUUUCUGUAUGUAGCCACACAGCUCUGAAAAGUGGCACUUCCUACCUGGCUUCUCACUUCCUGUGCAUUUACUUCUGCCGUAGUGACUAACAUCAAUAACAAACAAGAAAAAGAAAGAGACGGCAGUGACUGUCCUGAACAGCUCAGAUAGACAUGAUUGCCCAAAAGGUAGAAGCCCAAAGAGUAGGCAAUGGAAAUGUCUUCCUACAUUCCAGUAACCCUUAC